UCGGGAAACCAGCUGAUGGCCGCCGUUUGCGUUUCGCCUUCUUCAGUUACCGUUGGACCGUUGGUGGUGGUGGUGGCGCGCUCCGCCGGAUCCGCGCUCCGUCCGUCCAAUCGUCUCCGAUUACCGCCGUCACUCCUCCGCCAGAACUCCCCUUUAACCCGUUCUUGGACAGGAGGAAACAGCAUCGAGAUGAUACCGGAUUCGGAAAGCGUUUGUCAAACGUCCGAGGCUGCGGUCAGGAGCACGGACGACGUGUAUCGCAAGAUUAAAAACGUGGCGGAAGGGGAAGCGGCCUCGGUCACCGCUUGGAAGCGAUAUCAGCAACUGGUGGCGAUAGUCGAGUCAAGGGGAGGAAAGUUCAACCGGAAGUCGAUGAUCGAGGCGAUAUUUCGCGGCAACGAUCUCGUAUACGCGAGCCAUUGAUCUUUCCAUCUAUCGAUCUCGUUCCAGAUACACAACAAGUUGCAAUUUCUUUACCAAAGCAUCUCUAUAUAUAUAUAUAUGUAUAUGUAUAACAAUAGCGUAACGAUUUUCGUCGAAAGGAUUUUGAUCGCUAGAAUGGGUUCGAGAGAACGAAAAUAAUGUGACGUAUCGUCGACGAGAGUGAAUUGUGACAACGAUCUCGUCGACGUUGUUACUCCUUUCGAUUCCAAUGAUGGUCUGCCGGCGAAUGUAAUUAGAUGUAUAACCGAAUAACCAAUGCCAAACGAUGUGUAAUUGCUAGUCAUAACUAAUAACAAACGCAGCGUAUACGUAGGUCGAUAGGAUAAUUAAGCGAUUAAGGGGCGUGCACGUGUGAUCUAUUUGACAAAUUUGUUGUUAUUGUUAUUAAAUUAAUAACGAAGGGAGGAAAAGAAGAAAAGAAUACAUCUGUAUAUUAUAUAUGUACACGUCUCAAUCGCGUAUCUAAGGGUAGCUGUGAGAAGAGAUUUCAUUUCGAUUGAAUCGAUAACCGAUCGAAAGAUUUCGUCGUAAUUUUUUAUAAAUUUUUCUUCGUAAAGAGAUAUAUAUAUAUAAGCUUCUUUUUUCUUGUCACUUCUUUCUCACAAUUGCAUCGUAGAAAUAAAUCUUUUUCUUUAUAUACGUAUAUAUAUAUAUACAUAUAUGAAAAAAGGAAAAUCUAGUCUAGCUCGUUAUUAUUAAAAUUAAUAAUUAUAAAAUCCGCAUGUAUAUUUUUCGCGCAGCAGGGAAUGAAAAAUACACCAGCGAUACAGCAAAUCUCUGCCACAUACGCAUAUAUUGUAUAUAUUUAACGAAUUAAAUAGCGACACAUACGCAUAAAUGUACAAGAUAUAUACAAUACGAUCUCCAACGCGCGAUAAUCGUAAAAUGUUUCGUUUGCGGGGAAACGUGAUGCGGAAUUUCACGAUCGAUGCAAUCGCGUAUACUUUAUGUAUAUUUUACACUGUUGUUCGCAUCUCUGUUUAAAUUUCGUCCAACAUCCAUUACUACUACUUAGUGAAACUUUGCCUUGUCGCAUGUUCUCGAUCCCACGAGUCGAUUACGUCGAUCGAUCGUGUCGAUUUACAUUGACGCAAUAUAUUAUUAUUAUAUAUUAUUAUUACAUUA